CGCCUAUAAAGGAUAACAAAACUUCCAUACCUCGCCAGAAAUGGCAGCCUUUCCCAUCAACGGUAAUGGCAAUGGCCACGGCAAAGCUCGCCUCUCUCUUUUUACUCUCUUCUCCCUCUUCCUCCUCACUCACUCCAGCUUGACUCUCAACCUCUCCGAUCUCAAAGCCCUCUCCACUCUCCAAAAUAACUUGGGCCUCAACGCUCACCAUUACCUCUCUGCCAAGCCAUGCAACACUCCUGGUGUUUUCUGCGAGAGGAGGCUCUCGAACAACAGCAUCCAUGAGCUCAGAGUCACGAGACUCGUCUUCGAUUCCAGAAGCCUCGAUGGGUUUCUUUCCCCAUUGAUCGCUCGUCUCUCUGAGCUCAAGGAGCUCUCUCUUCCUAACAACCAGCUCGUUAACCGGCUGCCCUCCCAAAUAGUUGACUGCCGGAAACUUGAAAUUCUGAACCUCCGGAACAACCGGUUUUCCGGGGAAAUCACGAGGGAAUUGUCCUCGCUUGUACGACUUCGAGUCCUCGAUCUUGCCUCCAAUAAGUUCUCCGGGGACCUGGGUUUCUUGAAGUAUUUUCCCAACUUGGAGAAUCUCUCUAUUGCGGAUAAUCUCUUCACCGGAAAAGUUCCUGCGUCCGUUCGUUCUUACCGUAAUCUGAGAUUCUUCAACUUCUCCGGAAACCCGUUUCUUGAAGGUUCAGCCCCAUUGAUGAACCGGCUCGAAUACUCCGCCUCCGAUGUCCCAAAACGACGGUACAUUUUGAGUGACAAUUUAACCAGAAGAAGCGUUAGUAAUUCUGCAGUUGCACCAUCUCCAAGUAGAAUUGCCCCUUCUGAUGCUCCAGCCCCUUCUCCGGCGGCAUCAGCUCGCAAUCAUAAAAAAAAUCACCGGAAGCUAACUGGAUGGAUACUCGGAUUCCUGGCUGGAGGACUGGCAGGAAGCAUAUCUGGGUUCAUCUUUUCAUUAAUGUUUAAGCUAAUCUUGGCUGUGGUAAGAAGUGGAGGAAAGGAACCAGGCCCUUCAAUCUAUAGUCCUCUGAUAAAGAAAGCCGAGCACUUGGCUUUCCUGGAGAAAGAAGACGGGCUAACUUCGUUGGAGAUCAUAGGAAGAGGUGGGUGUGGAGAGGUUUACAAGGCAGAAUUGCCUGGAAGCGACGGGAAAAUGAUUGCCAUAAAGAAGAUAACUCAACCUCCAAAGGAUACUGCAGAAUUGACUGACGAAGAUAGCAAGCUUUUGAACAAGAAAAUGCGUCAAAUUCGAUCGGAGAUCAAUACCGUCGGUCAGAUUAGGCACCGGAAUCUUCUUCCUCUGCUAGCCCAUCUGAGUCGGCCUGAUUGCCAUCUUCUCGUGUAUGAAUUCAUGAAGAAUGGGAGUUUACAGGACAUGUUACAUGAUGUUUCACAAGGGAAUAAAGAACUGGAUUGGCUUGCUCGGCACAGGAUUGCACUGGGAGUUGCAGCAGGGCUCGAGUAUCUUCACCUGCACCAUAGCCCGCGUAUAAUUCAUAGAGACCUCAAGCCGGCAAACAUUCUCCUCGAUGAUGACAUGGAAGCUCGAAUUGCAGAUUUCGGGCUUGCAAAGGCAAUGCCUGAUGCUAAUACUCAUAUCUCGACUUCCAACGUCGCCGGAACCGUGGGCUACAUAGCGCCGGAGUACCACCAGACACUAAAGUUCACAGACAAGUGUGAUGUCUACAGCUUUGGGGUGAUGCUCGGGGUUUUGGUGAUGGGAAAGCUGCCGUCCGAUCAGUUUUUCCAAGAGACAAAUGAGAUGAGCUUGGUUAAAUGGAUGAGUAAUGUAAUGACAUCCGAGAAUCCCAAACAAGCAAUCGAUCCAAAGCUUCUGGGAAAUGGAUUUGAGGAUCAAAUGCUCUUGGUUCUGAAGAUUGCUUGCUUUUGUACACUCGGUGACCCAAAACAGAGGCCCAACAGCAAGGAUGUUAGGUGUAUGCUCUCUCAGAUCAAGCACUAAGUACGAGUAAUGC